GACUGCGAGUCGAGCUGUUGAGGAAAGGAAGGUUUAUUUUUUCAAGAGAGCACACACAGCAGAGAAUUCUGUUCGGCCGAGAGGAGUGAGUCAGCCAUGUUAACCUGAUGCCUGACUAUUAUGUGCAUCGGCAGAGAUAAGUGCGAGUGAAUUUGAUAACCGACCGUUCCGCGAACAGCGAGGACAUCAAUUCUUAGUGCAGUGUCCAAAAUUUGCAGCCGCCAGAAUAAUGGAUACCGACAACCUGAGUUGGGGCACCGAGCUCUGGGAUCAGCAUGAAAAUCUCGCGCUGCACACACACAAGGGAAUCGAGUUCCUCGAGAAGUACGGCGGCUUCGUCCGAGAACGAUGUGCCAUUGAGGCUGAAUAUGCCGCAAAACUCAGGAGGCUCGUCAAAAAUUAUCAACCAAAAAAGAAGGAUGAGGAAGAUUACCAGUACAGUGCAUGUCAAGCGUUCAAGACGAUGAUGAACGAAGUGGGUGACCUUGCGGGCCAACAUGAGGUCGUAGCCGAAGACCUGACGAGCACCGUCUUACAGGAGCUCCAACUUCUGGUGCGCAACCUCAAGGAUGACCGCAAAAAGCACAUGGCUGAAGAGGCCAAGCUGCGAUCCUCCCUUCAAACACAGCUGGCCGCGCUGGACAGGACCAAGAAGGCGUACGAAAAGGCGUUCAAGGAGACGGAGAAGGCACUAGAUGAGUAUCAAAAAGCGGACGCUGACUUGAACCUUUCACGCGCCGUGGUCGAAAAAGCCAGACUCAACAUGGUUUCAAAGAAUCAACAGUGCGAGGAGGCCAAGAAGGACUACGCAAACCAACUCGAGAAGACAAACGAGCUCCAGCACCAACACUAUGCAGCCCUUAUACCAGACGUGCUUAGGCAAUUGCAAGAAUUGGAUGAGCGACGGGUGCGGUCCAUCAAAGGAUUCAUAAUCAAGUCUGUGGAAGUCGAAAGGAAGACUUUCCCCAUCAUGGACAAGUGUCUGGAAGGCAUUGUCAGGGCUGCAAACAACAUCAAUGAAAAAGAGGACACACGGCUAGUGAUAGAGAGGUACAAGUCUGGAUUCAACCCACCUGAGGAUUUCCUGUUUGAGGACCUGCAGCGAGGCGCAGACGAGCAUAGCAACUCAAUGAUUUCCAACCACAGCAACUCAUUGCCGUCCAUGUCUAGAGUGGACACAAUCAAGGGCACCAUCUCCGCAGGCAAAAACAAAAAGCGAGUUGGCCUGUUCACUAGCCUCUUUGGCAACAACAAGAGAUUAAUUCAUGUUUGCACUCAUUUCAAGUCAAAUUACUCUAAUUCGGAAUCAAAGGAAGAUUACACUGACCUGCCACCAGUUCAGAGGAGGAAAAAGCUGCAACAGAAGCUGGAUGAAAUUGCUGUACAAAUCAACAAAGAAACACAAACCAGAGAUGGGCUCAUGAAAAUGAAGAGCGUUUAUGAGGCCAACUCAGCUUUGGGAGAUCCAAUGUCCAUCGAGGGCCAAUUAAAUGACUCGGGGCACCGAUUAGACAAGUUGCGGCAAGAGCAGCUGAAGUUCAUCGCUUGGCUGGAGGAGUCUGAUGGGAAAGGCCAAUUGCAUAAUCCUGUGUCGUCUACUACUUCGUCGCCAAGCAGUCAAAGGUCAAACAGCGUGCACAGAAAUUUGCUGAAUGGAAAUUCAAACGGCAAGCAGAGGCACAGUUCCUCUGAUGAAAGCGUCAGUCCAAGCGCCAGUUCUGACGGAAGCAGGCACAAACAGCCCCCUAACACUUUAGCCUUAGGGACCUCCCACAGUCCUGAGAGCGGUCUCGGCUCUCGCACUAGUUUGCCAGACUCUGACAGGGGAGAUGAACUUGGAGGCGCAGAAGGCGUUGACGAUGAUCCUGACUUUGCUGAUGGACCCCUCACACCUCUUGGCACAUGCAAAGCGCUCUAUGCCUUCGAAGCAUCAAGUGAAGGUUCGAUUCCCAUGUUUGACGGGGAGGAGCUGCUGUUGCUUGAGCUGGACCAGGGUGACGGGUGGACUCGAGUGCGUCGAAUGACUGACCUCGAGGAAGGUUUUGUUCCGACCUCAUACAUAGAGUGUUCACUGUACUCGGCUUGCUAACACGUAUGCCUGCCUAUUGAAUGAGAGAGAAAGAGAGAUAGAAAGCUGCUUGUUUCACUCACCACCGUUUGUUGCAUUCGUUGAUGUUUCAAGUUGAAAGUGGCGGUUGUGUUGACAGUGAACCGAGUUUUUAUUUUUGAUAAUCCCGUCAAGCAGAAUAAUAAUUGUCACUGUACGUAUUAUUUAGUGGUGCUGCCACCGGCUAAAUGGGAAAAGCGGACCUGGUGGCACAGCUUGAUUCAUUCAUUUGACAGAAAAACCGAUUAUGAUCUUGAAAGUUGAAAUUUCUUGUACAUAGCUAUGUAUUUAUACUGUAAAGUUUUCUAUGGAAAAUUAAGUUUCGCGUUCACGAGUACCAUUUGGGACGAUCGGAUGGAUUUUAAUUUGUGAAAUCCGCGUCGCCUGCCCGCAAUCUUGGAAGAGCCACAUAUUAUAUUAUUACGAAAAAUAUCAAAAGAGUAAAUUUAUCACGAGAGCUUUUCAAUGUCGCUUCAGCAUACGCUGUUGUGUAGCUUUUUUAAUGUUUCCAACUCAACUAUGGCUCGCAAGUUAAAAUGGAGGAUGUGAUUUUUUUACAAAAUUGUGCGAAAAAUGAUGAUAAACUGAUGAGUCAUGGAGACCGCCUAAUAAAAGACCCGGCUUGCCCGAGAAAAGUGCAAUAUUAGAGGAUGAUAAACCAUAGUUUGUUUUUAAAGUGUUCAUUUCUGCAGAGGCGAAAGGCGGGUCUUGAUAGUUGGGCUUGGUCAAAGGCUUAAUUGACUGCAUUCCUAUGUAAUAAGUUUUGAUGUAUGUAUGAUAGGGCAACAUUUUUAGUCAUAGGCAACAAUAAUUGAUUGACUAGCUCGCGGGUUCAUUAUCCGGAUGCAACAGACAAAACUGCACCUAGAAACUGACAAGUGUUUUAAGUUCGGAUGGUUUGAUUGAAAGCUGAAACAGAAAUAAUGUGCCAAAAUAUUUAAGUUGAAUAGCAGGGUAAAUUUAGAAAAGAUGGAGAAGGUGCACUCGCUAUUUUUCAGUAUCUUCAAGUUUGGUUGAAAAAAUAUGCCGUUUUUUUUCAAUCUGUGAUUUCUGGUUUCGACUAUUAGUUAUCUCGCCAGCCGUCCUUCUCGAGAGAAAGCUUUUAAAAAUAAGACACAAAAUUUAGCUGAUUUGUCACUCAAGGUGCUCAAGCUGAAUUGAAAGUGUUCUAUUAUUUACAGAUGUUUCUUUAUAAAUACAAAUGGGAUUCCUUGAGUGACCCAUAUUUAUUCGAGGCGCUUUUAGUAUAGUUUUGAACACACGCUAAAAGUAUUUUAUCUUUCUCACUCACCAACACCUAAUUAGGAUCGGAAGUUUUAACUGUAGCUGAAAAGUUUAGGUGGAAAGCACUCGCAUGAAAAAACGGUAUUCAAUGAACGAGAGUUGAUGCUAGGACCUGGUGCAUAUUCGUGAUUUCAGCAAGCAAGUUUCAUUAUUGGUUGAAAGUGUGUAUGAAGUUGAGCAUGUUUGGUCUGUCCAAAUGCCUUUUAUUUUGCUGCAUCAGUUCUCAGAAUGUGCCCAUAUGGUUAUGGUGUACUAUCACAAUUAAUAAUGCUAUUAUUUGUAAAACGGUACCUUUGUGUAUAAUUUUCGAGUCCAAAAAUAAAAUAUCAAACAGUAAA